AUGAACUCCGAGCAAAGGACAGCUGUGGAAUGUAUUGUGGCUGGUACAUCAGGUGCGGCGCCAUUCUUAUUACACGGCCCACCUGGAACUGGCAAGACUGUCACCAUAGUUGAAGCAAUUUUACAGUUGGUAAAGAAAAACCCAAGUAAUCGCAUUUUGGUAUGUGCUCAUUCGAACACUGCGGUGGAUAACGUGGCAUGCUUGUUACUCAAAUAUACAAAAACAUCAUUUCUGCGCUUAAAUUCGGCUUCUAGAAAGAGCCCGCCGAAAUGUUUGGAAGAAGUCGGCAUAUCAGGUAAACUUGGAGCCGAAGUAUUAAUUUCUUAUAGGAUAUUACUCUGCACACUUAACCUAGUGAGUAACUAUAACUUAAGUUUUAUUACCCACACGAUAAUUGAUGAGGCAGCUCAAGCAUCUGAACCGUCAUGCCUUAUCCCCAAAUCUCAAAACCUGAUUUUGUCAGGAGACUUCAAGCAACUUGGACCUGUCAUUAUUUCGGAUGAUGCCAAACAAUAUGGCCUUGGAGUAUCAUUAAUGGAACGAUUGAAGAACACAUGUCCGUUGUAUGCAAAAAACAAUAAAAAAUACAUUGUUAUGUUGAAAAAAAACUAUCGAUCCGACGCUGAUAUAAUCAAAUUACCCAACUUAUUAUUUUACGACGGGGAACUAGAAGCAAGGGCUGAAACUGAUUUAAUUAGCAGAACAAAUAUUUUAUACAAAGAUAAGCCAUGUCGCGCAAUUGUGUUUCAUGGCGUGCUGUCUACUGAGAAAAAAGUCGGUGAUCCCCCUAGCUUUUGCAACAGGGACGAAUUGAUUUAUAUAAAAAAGUAUGUUACGAAACUCUUAAACACACAUGGGGUAAAAGAAGAAGAUAUUGGAAUUAUUGCAACUUAUUCGAGUCAGGUUGUAUUGAUAAAGGAGUGGGUGCAAAAGCACCAUUUGAACAUUGACGUGGAAACUGUGGACGCUUUCCAAGGUCAGGAGAAACGAGUCAUAUUGAUCUCCACUGUCCGUGGACAAGGCAAACAAAGGACGAAUGUUAAACUCGGAUUUAUUACCGAUGAAAAGCGAUUUAAUGUGGCACUGACUCGGGCCAAAGCGAAAGUUGUCGUGAUAGGGAAUCCAUUGUCUCUAAGCACAGAUCCUUUAUGGAAUAAGUACAUUACGACAUGUCGUAAAUAUGGAACUUAUUAUGGUUUGACUGAGACCAGUUCCGAUGAAGAUGAACUCGCAGCAGUAAUAAAGAAAAUAAGUUUAAAGUAG